UAUUUAUAUUUGACAAUUAUUUUGGAAUAUUAUUUUCAUUGGCAUGAAAUUUGUAGAUAAUACAUGGGAGUCCAAAAAGUCAAAGAAGAUAUUGAAGUUGAAUUUUUGGAGCUUAAAAGUUGGCCCAAUCCAAGUUUGGCCCAAAGCUAUUCCAUCUACCAAAUAAAUUAAGAGAGGAGGAAGAAGAGCAAAUAAAAGAAGAAAAAAAAAGAGAAAUCUUCCGUGAAUGAGAAACGCAGGAGAGAAGAGGCGCAGAGUCCUUCCCCAAAUCCAACGCAAAUUCCAAGAAUCCUACUCCAAAUUGAAGAUUCCAAACUCCACGAUUAUAAAAGGAGACAAAAGCCACAAGAAAAUCAUCUUCUUCAACCCCAAAUCCAGAGGGAGAUCAGAUAGCCGAGAGAGAGGAACAUAGCAGCGGCAAGGAUUGCCACCGCCGACCUAGGGUUCCGACCCUAGGUUCCGUGAUGGUGGCGACGGCGACACAAGGCACGGCAGCUAUUGAAGAAGGCAGUGGCUUAAGUCUGGUGUCUCUUCUCUGGCGGCAAAGUGACGAAGAACAAAGAAGCAGAACAGGGGAGCAUUUUGUACUUUAUUCCUUUUACUCCGUAUUUGAUUAUACUUGGUUAUAUUACUAGGCUAUCAUAUUUGUUCAAUUCCCAUUGUUGAAUAUGAUUUCCUAUACUAAAUAUUUUUUUUCUAUUUAUUUUCAAUUCUUGUUUUUAUGUUGAAUGUUUAAGUUAUAUUAUAGAAAGAAUGAUUUCACAAAAGAUUCAUAAAAUCAGGUCUGAGGGUGGACAGUGGAUUCAAGACAAGGAUGACUUGCUUAAAGAAGCCAACUUCUAUUUCCAGCAACUCUACUCUAAAAAGGUCAGUGAAAAUACUGAGGAUUUCCUCUCACACAUUCCAAAACUCCUCACUGUUGAUGACAACAGUCUGCUCACCCAACUCCCUAAUGAGGAAGAAGUCAAAGAUGCCAUCUGGAAUCUAGACCCCCUAAGUGCUGCAAGCCAUAAUGGAUUCACUGGAGAAUUCUACAAAAGCUGCUGGGACAUUAUCAAGGAAGAUGUGGUAAAAGCAGUUAAGGAAUUCUUUCUAGGAAUCCCUAUUCCUAAAAGUUUGAAUGAAUGCUCCAUUAUCCUGAUCCCUAAGAAAGAUAAUCCCAUCACCUUUGAAGAUUUCAGGCCUAUUUGUCUCUCAAAUUUCAUAGCCAAAGUCAAUACCAAAGUUAUAUCUCAGAGAUUAAGAAACUUACUUCCUAAAUUAACCUCUGAGGAACAGGGUGGCUUUGUCAAAGGAAGGCAGAUCCAUGACCAAAUUUUGACUGCCCAGGAGAUCAUCCAGAACUUGGACUACAAGACAAGGGGAGGAAAUAUUGCCAUUAAGCUGGACAUGUCCAAAGCUUUUGAUAGGAAUGGCGAAGAAACGCCAAUGAAGAAGGUUGGUGAAAAACUCGUCCCAAAGCCUGAGGACGAAUUUGAUGCCGAAGACAUCAAAAAGGUGGAGAACUACGCCAAGGCAAUCAACAUGCUGUACUGCGCGGUCAACCCCGACGAUUAUCGCAAGAUCUCUUGCUGCACCACCGCCAAAGAUAAGUGGGACAAGUUGGAGGUCACAUACGAAGGUACGGACCAAGUUCGGGAAGCCAAAAUUGACUUCCUAACGCAGGAGUACGAAAUGUUCAGGAUGAAGGAAGGCGAAAAGAUCGAUGACAUGUUCGAUCGGUUCUCCAAGAUCAUCAACGACCUUCAUGCCCUCAAGAAGACUUACGCCAACAAAGAUUUCAUGAGGAAAAUCCUGCUGAGUCUCACACCCGAUUGGAGAUCAAAGGCCGAUGCAAUCUACGAAUCCAUCGAUGUCUCCAACGUUACCAUCGACGGGUUAAGAGGUAAUCUCAAAACUUAUGAAUCUACUAUUCUAACCCCGUCUUUUGAUGAACAAAAGAAGAAAGGAAUAGCGCUCAAAGCAACCAAAGAGACGGUGGAAGAAGUCUCAAGAGAUGAUGACAACGAGUUCGGACUCGUCAUCAAGAAAUUCCACAAAUUUAUGAAGAAGGAAUUUGAGCGCAAAGGAAGAAAGCACGACGGUCCCCCGAAGUGCUAUGGCUGUGGCAAGAUAGGCCACAUCAAGCCGAGGUGUCCAAAAGGAAAAAACGGCAAGGACAAACCUGGCUUCAAAUAGCAAAGAGCCUAUAUCUCAUGGGGUGGCGACUCCGGCGACGAGUCAACUGAUCAGGAAGAGGAUGAAGCCGCCAACCUCUGUCUCAUGGCACACGAAGACCACGCCGACGAAGUACAAGAGAUAUGUACCAUUUCUUCUGACUCUUACACUUUUGAAGAGAUGCAAGAAGCACUUCGUGAGCUUUAUGAUGAAUUUGUUAGCGCUUCUAAAACCAACAAAUCAUUAAAGAAACGUCUUUCAACUCUUGAAAAUGAUUUUGAAAAACUAGAAAAAGAUAAUGAAAAGUUGAAACAAGA